AUGAGGCUCGAAUUCAAAGCGAGAGAGAAAUCAAAUCCAAACCAACUAGUGCAGCCAGCUUGCCAUGUGCCAAUGACAAUGUUACAGAAAAGCAAUCGCAAUCAUCGUAAACUGCUAAGAGUUACGAGUUAUGUUCUAAGAUUCGUUGCAAACCUUCGGACAAAGGUUGCUGGAACUGAACCAAAUCUAAGUCAUCUUUCCCUUGAAGAAAUAACAGAAGCUAAGCAUAAACGGUAUAAGCACAUAUACAAGGAGCGAUUCAAACAAGCAAAAGUUUCAAGCAAGUUCAACCACCAGUGGGUCUAUUCAAAGACUGUGGUAUCUGGAGAUGUGGUGGAAGAAUGUGCUAAUAUUGAACUUUCUGCUAGACAUCCAGUUUUCUUGCCCAAUGAUCAUUGCUUUUCUACCUUGUUGGUGGAAGAAUGUCACAGGAGAGUAAUGCACAACGGUGUAAAAGAAACACUUUGCGAAAUUUGUUCAGAACAUUGGAUUGCGAAGGGAAGACAAUUCGUCAAGAAGAUUAUUGCAAAAUGUACUACGUGCAAGAGAUACGAAGGAGGAACUUAUCAAAUACCACCUCAACCAUCAUUACCAGAUUUUCGAGUUUCUGACGAUUUUGCCUUCACGCGAGUCGGUGCGGACUUCGCAGGUCCCGUUUAUGCCAAACCAAUCUUCUCAACAG